AUGGCUACGGAAGUGAGGACCCAAUUGGCAGAGCAUCCACUGACGAGGCCAAGGGCUGAGCCAAAACCCGAGAAGAAGUCAGGGUGCAGGCCAAGGAGCAACGCGGACGGCGGGCCACAGAAAGAACUGAUGAUCCCAGGGAUCGUGGAUUUCAAGCUGAUCCGAGAGGCACUGAGGACCUCCAAGCCCCAAACUCCUGGUGCCCACCGCUUCGGCCACCUCAGCCAUCACCCCUUCUUCUCCCGGCUCCACCCCCAGCCCCAGCACGUGACCCACAUCCAAGAUCUCACCGGGAAGCCUGUCUGUGUUGUCAGGGACAAGUCCUCUCUGGCCGCCUCACCUCAAGCCACACUCUUACCCUGCUCUCUGAUCGGGAUGCCCACCAUCUCGGCCCCCAUUGGAGACCCGCAGUCCAAUCGGGAUCCCUGGCUUGCUUCUGAGGCCUGGAAGAAGGAGUUGAAAGACCUGGCUUCCGGGGUGGCCGUCUUCACCAAGGAGAAUGAGCUGAAGAGCAAGGAGAAGGAGGAGCCUCAGCGGGAGAAAGAGGCAAAGUACUCAGCAGAGACUGGUAGGCUCAUCCCUGCUUCCACCUGGCCCAUGGCCCGCCACCACUCCCGCCAGGGCAUACGAAACCACCCUGCGAGCAGAGAUGGAGGAGACCAGACCUUCAUCCUACAGGAUCAGGAGUUGCUGAUCCUGGAGCUGCUUUCUCAAAUCCUGCAAACAGACUCCUUGAAUGCUAUCCAGUUCUGGCUACUCUACGCGCCCCCCAAGGAGAAAGACGUGGCACUAGGCCUCCUGCAGACAGCAGUGGAUCAGCUCCUUCCCCAGGCCCUAGUCUCCAUCCCAGCAGAAAAACUCCUGAACCAGCUCCAGGAAAUUCAAGAACCACUUCAAGAGAGGCAACAGCUACCCUACAGCCAAUCCCUGAAGAAGACGAAGACACCACCUCUAUCAAAAUGCGAAGAACCAGAGAACACUGGGAAAGCACAAGUUCUUCGCGUGCACUCCAGCCAGAACCCAGAAGAGAAGGCGGCAAAGCCAAAGGCAGAGGGCUGA